CGAGACUAUUGUUGAGUGUCUCUUAGUUGGACGGAUCAUCAUUACAAGUAGAUUAGGAGUGGGAACGAUGCAUGCAGUCGAACAACAUUCUUCUUUUAAGUUUUGGGCGAAGCAAAAACCAUUUCUUUGAGGAAUUGAAAAGAGAAGAUCAAAUCUGUUUUGUUGACCGUGAACAAACCUCCAGGAAGCAAAAAGGACAGAGACGAUAUAUAUUGACAAAGAGCAAGGCACUCGACGAUCGCUACAUCGCUCACUGGCAAUGUUAGGCAAGAGAUAUAACAAUUUCCACUUGUCACUACUUUAAAGAAAAUCAAUCCUCACUUGGAUUUGUCAACGGAGAUUGGGGGAGUUUGGAGGUACCAGAAAACCAUGGAUAACUCAGCCAAACAUUCGCUGAUGUCCUUGAGGCUUGGAUUUUUUAUUUUAUACGCUUGCAUAGGUUUCCUUCCCGUUUUUUAUCCAUUGUAUCUCAAAGAAUACCAAUUACAACCAGCUGAGAUAGGGAUUGUCCUCUCCUUUCUACCCGCCUGAGGUGUCGUCGCUGGACUCUUAAGUGACUUUAUCAUCAGAAGACUGGAAGGUGAAAUGAAUGUCAUGUGCUCUUGCCUGGUGUUUCUUCUGGUAUCGUCUUUUUGUAUGGUUUUUAUACCGUUACCAGAUAUCUCCGAUGUUUGCGUAGAGGUUACGUUACAAAACCUCACGAAAAACUCCACCAACUCAACCGCUACAAAUCGUGUUUUCGAACUAGUACACAAAGGAAGUGAUAUUGGGCAUUUUGUGGACAUGGUAGGAUUCUCAUUCGUCGCAUUUUGCAUGCAAUUUGCUACGGUCACUUGCGACAGCAUUCACACUGCCGUCACACUUCAGUCCCUUGGAGACGCAAAUUCAGGAAAGAUUGGCAACAUCCGCGCUUGGGGAUCACUUGGUCAUGGUAUUGGUGCCAUUGCCAUUGGUAGCCUCGUAUCGACCAGCACGGUUUCCCAGUUGAUCUGCGGAAAAAUGGUCCAGGGCACUGACUACCACUACAUGUUCUAUCUCACUGCCUUUUUCGGUGCUGUCACGCUUGCCAAUAUCCCAAGAAUAUUUAAGGGUCGGAGAGGUAUAAUUUCAGUGGCUGUGGAGGAAAUAUCCAACGGAACAAACUACAUGGCAUUAUUGAUGACAUUUAAGAAUCUGUCUUGGUUGUUUAUUCUUUUCUCUCACAGUGUAUUCUUGACAAUAACUCAGGGGUUUCUCAGCUGGCAUUUGGAGAAUAUAGGCGCAUCGCCUUAUAUAAUUGGCGCUUCCGUUCUGAUAACUACAACAGUAGAGUUUUUCAUGUUUUUCAUCACUCCAAUGCUCAUAAGGGUGUUAGGACACUGGAAGUUGGUCAGUGCAGGAAUGGCGACAUAUGCAGUUCGAUUUCUGGCUUAUGCAGCUCUGGUCAAUCCCAUGUACGUUCUAUUGAUCCAAAUUGUCGAAGGCGUGACGUUUGCUUGUCAGUGGAGUGCCAUCGUAUCUCACCUCAGCAAUCAGGUACCAGAACAUUUCCAGACACAGGUCCAAGGGGUUAUGCAGGCUCUUAUCGCCCUUGGGAUGGGUAUAAGUUUCCCUGUCAGCGGAGCCUUAACUCAGGCUUUUGGAACACCGAGAAUGUUUCAGAUUUUCGCGGCGAUGGCUUUGAUAUUCCUUGUAAUUUUUAUAACUGCUCAGAUUGUUCCGGAUAAAAGGUUUCUAGGCACAUUAAACAGUGCGAAGAAUUCUGGAACGCUACUAAAAAAGUAGUUUCUUUUGAUCACUGUUCAUUUUUCUAUAAGAUCUGUUUUACUGGGUGGCUAAGACUACUGAAGUUCUACUUUUAUGGCCCAGACAACUUAAGUGUUGGUUCAGUGGCUAAGACAAUUAAAGUUCUCAUUUGUCCGCUUAGCCAGUUAAAGUGCUGGUUCGGUGACACAGAUAAUUAAAGUGCUCAUUCGUCCACUCAACCAGUUAAAGUGCUGGUUCGGUGGCCCAGAUAAUUAAAGUGCUCAUUCGUCCGCUCAGCCAGUUGAAGUGGUGGUUCGGUGAUCCAGACAGUGAAAGCGCUGUCUCGUUGACCCAGAAAGUUAAAGUGCCGUUGAGAUGUUUGUAAAGUACCAGGGCUAAUUUUUUACUCCAGGCCUCCCGGUUUCCUUCAACCACAAACCUGACUGCUGUCAUAUACAUGCGCAUGUAUGUGGAAAGCAAACUGCUUAACACAAAAUAUGUUAAUAAUUAACUGAUUCACUGGUCCGGGCACAUAAUCGAAAGUGUUA